AUGACGGACGAGGAGCUAGAGGUACAAAAGCUACAAUAUCCAGCCGCUGUCCAUGUCAUUUUCAAUGAGACUGGGUAUUUUACUCGCAAGAUUGCCACCGAAUGGCUAAACGACGUCUUUGCACAACGAAACAUCCCUCCUGGAACCACACCUGAUCGCCCAGCUUUUCCUGUAAUCGACAGCUUUCCAGGUCACCUUGGAAAGAAUAACAUCUUUACUGAGGCAUUGAAGACAAACAACAUCAUUCAGUCUAUUAUCCCAGGCGUCUGUACUGGAUUUUUGAAGCCAGCUGAUCCUGUUCAUAUUCGUCGAGCUCGAUAUGGUAUGAGAAAUCGUGAAUCGAAAUGGUCAAAGAUUAGAGAUGUCAAGCAUGGAGAUGUCACAAUCGACCGGACCUGGCCAGCUCAUAUUCCAUCUCGUCCAAACAAUGUAUCGACUAGCCGAACUUACUCGCUGUCUUCAGCUCGUUCUUCUUUCAAUUCAUCUUCACAUAUUGUGUCUGGACCAUCUACAAUUCAAAGUGGAGCCGCUCGCACUGCCUCUUAA